UCCAGCUCCAGAGCUGAGGGAAUGCCCAGGACUUGGAGUCCCAGGAGGCUCAGCACAGAGGAGGAAGCACCUCAAAGCUGACACUCAGGAGCAGCUGUAUUUGGGAGCCUUUCUGGAGCCCCAUCUCUUAGAGGGAGCACAGAACAGGCAGCAGACGCCAUGGAGGCCCCCUCAGCCCAUGGACACAGAGGCCGAGUCCCCUGGACGGGGCUCCAGCUGGCAGUCUCACUGUUAAUCUUCUGGAUCCCGCCCAGAAGUGGAGGCUUCACUGUGGAAUCCCGGCAAAACAAUGUUACUAGUAAUUUCUGCACCAUUAUUUCUGCUACGUAUAUGCCACCAGGCACGGAUGUCCUGAUCUGGUACAAAGGAAAUAUCACCAAUGGGGAAAAUCGAAUUGCAUCGUAUUUUAAAAACCAUGGAAGUGUGAUACCAGGCCCUGCAUGCAACAGUCGACAGACAAUAAACACGGACGGGUCUCUGGUAAUCCACAGGCCCACCAGGAAGGACUCAGGAUAUUACACCCUGGAAGCUGUGAGGGGAGUUCAGUCUCUGGGUUCAGUGUCCAUUCAGGUCUUCCUCCUAGACCCAGAGACACCAUUCUCUGUCCAAGAAAGCCCAUCCACAGUCCAAGAAAAUGACAUUGUGUUCAUAGUGUGCCAGACAAAUGGAAAGCGUUUCUCUGUCAACUGGUAUGUCAAUGAACAGAAGCUGCAGAAAAAACACAAUAUGUACCUAUCCUCAAAUCAGUACACGCUCACCAUAAACCCCAUCAGGAGGCAGGAUUCUGGGAUAUAUCGCUGUAUGUACCAUCGAGGAAUGAGAUUCGGAAGAAGUGAAAGUCUCACACUUCUCGUGGUCCAGAGUGACCGUUCUCCCCACAAAUGAUUCAUUAAAUUAUAAAUCAAAAUUUUUUCUGACAUAAAAACCAUUUUCCUGAACACUUGUGAAAACUCAGUGAUGGGAUGGAAAAUCCUAGAAGACUCGUAUUGAGUCAAUAAAGCACAA